GAGGCGCGCGCCGGGGCGGCGGUUGCGGUUCGUCAGAAUGGGUAAAAAGACAAAGAAGGAAGCAGAGCCCCCUCCCAAGGAUGUGUUUGAUCCAUUAACAAUUGAAAGCAAAAAUGCAGCCACGGUGAUGUUAUUGCUUAAUUCCCCAGAAGAAGAAGUUUUGGCUGAUGUGUGUGAAGCCAUUUAUAGAUUUGCUUUAAAAGGUGAGGAAAACAAAGCAACCCUCCUUGAACUUGGAGGUGUGGAACCUUUAACUAAGCUGCUUACUCAUGAAGACAAAAUUGUGAGAAGAAACGCCACUAUGAUAUUUGGAAUCCUGACUUCUAAUAGUGACAUUAAAAAGUUGUUAAGGGAGUUAGAUGUCAUGAGUUCAGUGAUUGCUCAGCUGGCUCCAGAAGAAGAAGUAGUUACCCAUGAGUUUGCUAGUCUUUGCCUAGCAAACAUGUCUGUGGAGUAUAUGGGUAAAGUGCAAAUAUUUGAACAAGGUGGAUUGGAGCCUCUCAUCAGACUGCUAACCAGCCCAGACCCGGAUGUGAAGAAGAAUUCUAUUGAGUGCAUUUACAACCUGGUCCAGGAUGUUCAGUGCCGAGCUACACUUCAAGAACUAAAUGCAAUCCCUCCGAUAUUAGAUCUCUUGGAAUCAGAAUACCCAAUUAUUCAGUUGUUGGCUCUCAAAACCUUAGAUGUUGUUACAAACGAAAAGGAGUUUCGGGCAAUGCUCAGAGACAGCCAAGCACUGGACCACCUUAUUAAGAUCCUAGAAACUAAGGAAUUGAAUGACCUUCAUAUGGAAGCGCUUUCAGUGAUGGCCAAUUGCCUCGAAGAUAAGGAGACGAUGGUGCUGAUUCAGGAGACAGUUCUUAAAAAGCUCCUAUCAUUUACAGAAAACUCUACGAAUCCUGAUAUUCAGAAGAAUGCAGCAAAAGCAGUUACUAAAGCCGCCUGUGACCCUGAAAAUAGAAAACUGUUUCACGAACAAGAGGUGGAAAAAUGUCUCAUAACCCUUUUGGAGUCUGAAAACGACGGAACUAAAAUUGCUGCUUCCCAAGCUAUUUCGGCAAUGAGUGAGAAUUCGAGCAGCAAACAAUUCUUCAACAAUCAGGGGAUCCCGCAGUUAAUUCAGUUGCUAAAAAGUGACAACGAGGAGGUACGGGAAGCUGCAGCCCUCGCCCUGGCUAAUCUGACCACUUGCAACCACGCCAACGCAAACGCUGCUGCCAAAGCGGACGGUAUCGAAGCAUUGAUCAACACCCUGUCCAGCGGGCGCAACAAGGUGGUCGCCAAUGCAGCCACGGUGCUGAUGAACAUGGCCACGCAGGAACCUCUGCGCCUGAGCAUCCAGACCCACGACAUCAUGCACGCCCUGCGCGGCCCCCUCUGCUCUGCCAACAAGGUCGUGCAGAGCAAAGCCACUCUCGCCAUCGCUGCCAUUGCCUGUGAUGCCAAGGCCCGGACCGAGUUGAGAAAUUCAGGUGGACUGGAGCCGCUGGUUGAGCUCCUGCGUUCCAAGAACAACGAGGUCAGAAAUCACGCCAGCUGGGCUGUGAUGGUCUGUGCCAGUGAUGAGCCAACAGCCACUGAGUUAUGCAGGCUCGGGGCUUUAGAUAUCCUUGAAGAAAUUGAUCUAUCAGUAAGUCGAAAAAAUAAAUUCAGCGAGGUAGCUUAUAACAAAUUGCUCAACCACCACCUGUCUCUAAAAUACAGCAAGACUGGCUAUUUGUCCUCAAGUAACAUAAUUAAUGAUGGAUUCUAUGACUGUGGUCGGAUACUGAUUGGCACCAAAUUUUUGCCUUUGAAGGACCUCUGCUUACAAGAACCAAGUGAUCUACAUACUGUACUCUUAGUUAACAGCAGAUCUUCUGAUGUAGAACAUAGUUAUCAUUUUAGUGCUGGAUUUGGAUCUCCCACCGAAGAGAAAUCAGAACCUACUUCGGGACACAAUACUGCUCUUAGCAAAAGCGCCACUAAAGAGAAAGGAUCAAGGAAAGGCAGAGGGAAAAAAGAGGAGGAAAAAGUGAAGGAGGAGGAAGAGGUUGCAGUAGCACCAAAACUGACUGGAGAAGGAAACACUGAUAAAGAGUGGUGCCCUCCCUCCGACCCUGACUUCUGUGUUUAUGUGUGUGAAGUGACCAAAUCCAUCCUUCCCAUCACCAAUAUCAGGGAACAGAUUGAGCUUCUUGCCAAGUAUGUGGCAGAAAAAAUGGGUGGUAAGAUUCCAAAAGAGAAACUACAGGAUUUCAGCUGGCAACUUCAUAUAAGUGAACUAAAAUUCCAACUUAAAUCCAAUGUUGUACCGAUUGGACAGAUCAAAAAAGGAAUCUUCUGCCAUCGAGCUUUGCUUUUCAAGGCUCUGGCUGAUAAAAUUGGCAUUGGCUGCUCUCUGGUUCGAGGGGAGUACGGCAGAGCCUGGAAUGAAGUUCAGCUGAUGAACGAACCCCAAAAGGGGUUGACUGGGGCUUUCUCUCCCCCUGAAUUUUACAUAGUUGACCUCAUGUUCCAUCCAGGGGCACUGAUGAAGUUAAGAAGCCAAGAGGCAGAUCUUUACAGAUUUCUCUGAACUUCCAAAUGAACACAAGAGGGGUUCAAACAAGAAAUACAUUUCAUACACUUUCUGCGAUGCCCAUCAGUAGAUUUUAUUUCUUUAAAUAAAAAUGUUAGAAGUGUUUUCCCUGUGCAGAAAUGAGGUCACUUGCAUUGGACUUGGUCCUGCUUCUGAUUUCAGGCUUUUGGCAAAUGUUCCAUCUGAUGAGAUCAUAUUAUGCUCAUAGUCCCUCAUAUAAAGCCUAUUAUUCUCAACAUUAAUCCACCCCACUGUUUCCUAAGGAGCAUCUCUGCCCUUUGGGAAUCACAUGGAAAAGGCCCCAGCUACUGUCCCCAGGACAGUGCCUUGCGACUGUCCUCUGUGUACAGAAUGCUCCAGGAAGACUUGGUUAAGUAAGUCAAACCAACUCUUUUUUUUUUUUAAAUGUCUUUAUGUUUUUAAUG